AUGCAAAACGGUGGUAGCCGCUCGACUGCGAGCAUGGCAAUACCUUGGGCUCACAGCUACAAGAGGUACGCGGACGAGGUCGAACAGAGCGCGGCCAAGAGAACAUGCUUCGAACAUAGCUCUGCUGGGGAGUCUACUGGGGAGUCUACUGGGUCCAUGGCAGUCCCGGAUUUUAACCUGGCCCAGCCGCCGUUGAGACGUAUAUGGCACAGACGAACCACGGCAGUCACGAACACAGGAAUGUCAACGCUCAGCCGAAACUCGUCAGAUAUCAAGGUCGAAACUUGUACCGGCUACGAACUCGCGACAAUGACGGACUUUCGAACCGACAUGAGCGUAAAGGAGAAGCUCUCUCUAGGAUACAGUCAAUCCUUCCACAAAAGCCUAGAGUUUGAUGCUCGGAUUCAAGAAACUUCGGGCGGUCUGCUAUCUGCGCGUCGAAACGAGAUCAUGGGACGGGGCGGACUUGGACUGGUCGAUCGGUUCCUUGGGUUCUCAUAUGCUUUGCGACAGGAGACCGUCGCCCAUGAUGCGGAAAUACAAAAUAGAAUGUACGGGCUUCCGGACACGGAAACUACGCUAGAGGAAACAAAAGAUGGCUACGACUGCUCAAACGAGAGGAGACGACUCAACGAGCACUUCUUGGCCAGAUCUCGAUUUGUCAAACGUGCGCAUCAACGACUGGCGAUAGCGAUACGGCCAUGCAACAGGAAGACCCAUACAAUUCCUGGCCUAGUGGCCCGACGAAGAUCUGACCAGAUCAUGAAUGUCGAGUGGCAACAAGACUACCACGGCAUGGCAAUGAACAUGAGCUUCAGCGCGUUCCAGAGUAGAUCAAUGGAGGAGAACGGGUAUCGGAAGCGCGAAAUCCGGCGCCUGCACUUCCGAAAGGUGGACGAUGCGCACCAGACCUUUCCGGGACCUCCGCUGGAUACCGCUACGGCCGAAGAUUACGGGGCCAACUCCAGCACGGAGAUGUAUUUCCAAGAUGGCGUAGACGGAAGUCUUUCCAUGGUCGAGCUAGACAUGUGA